AUUACCAAGCACAACAUGCUUCACCUUCAAUGAAAGCUGAGAAGAGGGGCGAUUGGCUGUCGAUGCAGAGAUCUGCCCAAAUCUUAACAAAACCAGGAGUGGCUGCCCUCUUUAACGCAAUUAGCUAUUACAUCUAACUGGGAAGUGGGAGAUCUCAUUCAGUCAACCGAGAGAGUGGAGGACAACUUUGAUUAGGACGUAACUUUUAACGUAGAAGUGCACGGCAAGCGAAUCGUAAUAUUAUUUUGCCGGUUAUUAUACACCAGUAUUUUCUUACAUUUUUGUAUUAAUCUUAUAAUUUUUCCAGUUUCUUGGCACAUGAUAUAGACUUUGUAUUUUUUUAAAGCGGGACACCUCUCCGGGUGAUGCCACGGAUUUUAACAGAAACGCGCUACUUUCUAGCGACCGCUUGACCAGCAAAUUAUUUUUGAAGAGUAAAGCGCUGCUCUGACUGGGACCAUGGCUCUCUGUCCGCGUGUACUGCUGCUGCUGUUACUCGGUUGGAGCUAUCUGUGCGCUGGAUGUUGCGCUAUGUUAAAAGAUCAUUUGACUGUUCUGAAAAGGAGUGGUGAUUCCGGGCACUCGGCUGCGUCUCGGUGGGACAAAGACCAACCCGAGAAAGAUGAGCACGACCUGCUUUUACAGGAUACUAUGACGGAACACAUGCAAAUGCUUUACGCUAAAUACAACCGUGCAGGAUUUCCUUUCAAUGAUGGCAAUACGGUCCGCAGUUUUAAAGCGCACUGGGGCACCAUCAACAACCAGCAGCUCCAGAUCUUCAACCUGACCUCUCUGGCCAGGUCAGAGGCCGUCCUGUCGGCCACCCUGCACUACUACAUAGGGGACCCCCAGAACAGCACCCAGACCUCCAGCUGCAGCCAAACCGGACCCCGACCCAGGAGCUGUGGGGCCCCGCCCACUGCCCGCCACGGAGCCCGGAGACACGGCCACAUCCAGAUGGGCGUCUGGAGUUUCUCCUCUGUGGGGAACCACAGCAGGACGUUGGGACACUUUGUCAUCAAUGUGACUGACAGGGACUUCAUCUCCUGGCAGUGGAAGGAUAUUACCCCGGUGGUUAACCAGGCCAAGCCCCAUGAUGAACUGCUUAUUGGGAUAGACGUGAAAUAUCUGCCCGGGCAUCGGACCUGGAAGAGGCUCAUCUCAGACCGUUCACCUUACAUCCUGGUGUACGCCAACGACUCAGCCAUCUCGGAGCCUGAGAGUGUUGUCUCGACUCUACAGAGGCAUCAGAGGCAGACGGGCACCAUGGCGACUGCGGGUGAAGGGGCGUUGGCCUCAGGCUUCCAUCGACUGGGGCUGCACCCUCGGAAUAACACCGCCACAGCCGAACAGCUGCCGGCGCCUCACAGACACCGGCGCUCAGCUAACAUCCUCCUUCCUCUGCAGAACAACGAGCUGCCAGGGCCAGAGUACCCUUAUGACUCCACCGGCUGGGACGGCACCGGCCCCUACCAACCCCUGGAAAACACACCGCCCAGGAGACCGAGGAAAAAGCAGCGUGGUAAGAGCCAGCGGCAGGGCGGCAAGAUGGCCUUGCUGCAGUUUGACGACCAGACGAUUAAGAAGGCUCGUAAGAAGCAGUGGAACGAGCCGAGGAAUUGUGCUCGACGUUACCUGAAGGUGGACUUUGCAGACAUCGGUUGGAGCGAGUGGAUUAUAUCUCCCAAGUCUUUUGACGCCUUCUAUUGUUCAGGCUCCUGCCAGUUCCCCAUGCCCAAGUCAGUGAAGCCGUCAAAUCACGCCACCAUCCAGAGCAUUGUGAGAGCGGUGGGCGUGGUGCCUGGUGUUCCUGAGCCCUGCUGUGUUCCUGACCAGAUGUCGUCCCUCUCCAUCCUCUUCUUCGACGAGGACAAGAACGUGGUUCUUAAAGUCUACCCCAACAUGACCGUGGACUCCUGUGCUUGCAGAUAGGGACUGAGACGUGGAGACAGACAACACAAAACACAUCUCUCUCUCUCUAUGCUCUCAGUCUCUCUCUUUCUGUCAUCAGCAUAAAAGCCUUCUAAUGAGGAUCAAGGAUUUAACUGUUUUGCUCUAGAAGAGACUUUACGGAUCUGAAUGGUCAUGAGAAGGUUGGUUGAGAAACCGUUUCUGGAAAGGACUGGAUCUUACUUUAAGUGAAAGCUUGAAGCACCCUAGAAAAUAAUAAUGUCAACAAUUUAGUCUUCAUCAUCACCUUAUCAUCAUCAUCUUCAUCGUGGCUUUUUAUCUGUUCUAAAAACAAUAAAAGAGGGAGGACUUAAUGACGUUAAAGGUGAAAGAUGGAGACCAAAAUAACUGUUUGAUGAUCAUGUUGGCAGUAUGGUCUUGGGCAGUGUUGAUGUUUCCAGACUGUGUUACUGAACACAAUCUAUGGCUCAAGUCCUUCGUCCACAUUACCCAGGACCAUCCUCUUCCUCUUCCCUGGACCCUCCUCUUCCUCCUCUUCCCUGGACCCUCCUCUUCCUCCUCUUCUCUGGA